ACACAUAUGAUCCAUGACCACUUUGAUUAUUAUUCGAGUAAUCAAUAAACAAUUCCUUUUAAUUGAUGAAUGCAUUUAUUGAAGAAUUAAAUACUUGCGGAAACUGGUAUCCAGUGAGAGAAAGCUUAUAAAAAUAUACACAUUAAAACUCUCAUAUGAAACUGCAAAGAGAGAGACGAGACGAAGAAGAAGAAGAAGAAGAAGAAGAAGAAGAAGAAGAAGAGGCGUCCCGUUGCUGCAGCUCUAACCAAUACAAAAAACUCUCUUCUUCUUCGACCUAAUCAACAAUCGAAUCGAUCAGAUUCGGUCGGUUUCAAAAGGAUGAAGAUGGCGGCGAACGGCCGGUUCUUCACAAUCGGGCUCGUGGCGUCGUGGUACUCGUCGAACAUCGGAGUCCUGCUGCUGAACAAGUACCUGCUGAGCAACUACGGGUUCAAGUACCCGAUCUUCCUCACCAUGUGCCACAUGACGGCGUGCUCGCUGCUCAGCUACGUGGCCAUCGCGUGGAUGAAGAUGGUCCCUAUGCAGACGGUCCGAUCCCGCGUCCAGUUCCUCAAGAUCGCGGCGCUGAGCCUCGUUUUCUGCGUGUCGGUGGUGUUCGGGAACAUCUCCCUCCGGUUCCUUCCGGUCUCGUUUAACCAGGCGAUCGGCGCCACGACGCCGUUUUUCACGGCCGUGUUUGCGUAUUUGAUAACGCUUAAGAGGGAGGCUUGGUUGACUUAUGCCACGCUCGUCCCUGUUGUUACCGGUGUUGUCAUUGCCAGUGGGGGUGAACCAAGUUUCCACCUGUUUGGGUUCAUUAUGUGCAUUGCAGCCACAGCUGCGAGAGCGCUUAAAUCAGUUCUCCAAGGGAUUUUGCUAUCUUCAGAAGGGGAGAAGCUAAACUCCAUGAAUCUCCUCCUUUACAUGGCUCCAAUAGCUGUUGUGUUCCUUCUUCCUGCUACCCUUAUCAUGGAGAAGAACGUUGUUGGCAUCACUAUUGCACUUGCCAGAGACGAUUUUAGAAUCGUUUGGUAUCUGCUUUUCAAUUCCGCCCUCGCUUAUUUCGUCAACUUGACCAAUUUCUUAGUCACUAAACACACCAGCGCUCUGACUCUGCAGGUGCUAGGAAACGCCAAAGGUGCAGUAGCGGUGGUGGUUUCGAUCCUAAUAUUCAAGAACCCUGUCUCAGUGACUGGAAUGUUGGGUUACUCGCUCACUGUCUGCGGAGUUAUUCUCUACAGUGAAGCCAAGAAACGAAGCAAAUGAGAAGUUUCUUUUUACUGUGAACAAGAAACCUUAAACACAGCAUCUUGGGACCAAGCAUCAAAGGAUCAGAGUUCCAACAAGCUAUCAUUUAGAGGACUUGAUGACAAAUACGUGAUAUUUUUUUCCCCUUCUUUGCUCUUUUUGUUAUUGUGUUUUCUACAGCUUUUGUCAUAGGUUGUACCAAGAGUAACUUGGAUUUAGCUUUUCUUAUUUUUUGUCGAUUCUUUUACAAUCUAGUUUUGUGAUAUCAACAAUUUACAAACACUGAUUAAUUAAUGGAAAAGACAAAAGGCUUUUUUCUUUCA